AUGGCCGCCAAUAGUAGGCUCAAGCAGCCGAGGGGAAGUUCCUCCAAUCCGCAAGCAGCCAGAAACGCGUCGAACACGGCGCAAAACGCGGCAAACCUGAUCCCUGCGGCGGCGGCGGAGCUUCCGCCGCCCUCAUUCCACGUGGACGUGGCGAUUGCGGGCGGCGGGAUCGCGGGGCUCGCGCUCGCCGCCGGUCUGCAGGCGCGCGGCAUCGAGGCGGCCGUUUUCGAGGCAGCGCCCGCCGCGCGGCGAUCGAACAACAGCACCGGCACGAUUCUUGGCGUUUUUUCCAACGGCUUUAAGGCGCUCGAAGGAUUAAAGCCAGGGCUCGGCGACGCUGUGAUUGCGAGCGGUUCAACGGUCAUAAAAGCCAAGUCUUUUAUCCGAGAGAUAUCGGCGGAUAAAAUAGAUCCUGAAUCGGCCUGCGCUACCAGCGGCGGUAAUAGUAGCGGAUCCGCCACUAACGAUGCUGCUACUACACUGACCAGCGAAAAUCGCGACGGCUGGGUUGUGAGGGAAGUGGUGCGAGACCAGACAAUCGUGGGGUGGGCCCGAGCCCAAGAGGUACUCGCCUCGUCUUUAACGCAACCCGAGAGUAUUAUACACGGGCAUCGCGUCGUGGCGUAUCACCCCGUCGUCACGGGAAAGCCUGUUGGGAACAUGAGUGGUGGAUCUAAAAGCAACAAUGAUGGCGCGGCGCCGACGGGGGCGAUGUGGAAGGGGUUGACGUGGUGCUUGAGGUCGUGGGUUCAAACUGCUGACCCUGAUGGCCAGCUCAACCUCGAGCUCCAGCUAACACCCUUCGGUGGUUUCGGCAAGCCAGGUGUCAAAGACCGUUUGAUGUGCCAAAUCAACAAGAACAUUGCAGACCCUUCAGGUCAUGACACCUGGCAUACCAUUCUCCAGGCGGUUACCGCCACCGACCCCAGUAACAUCUUCGAGCGUUGGAUGAUGGACCGGCCUCCUCCAAAAGAUUCCUGGAGCGACUCUAAAUGUGGUAACCGGGUUGUUCUUAUGGGGGAUGCCGCACAUGCCAUGCACCCCGGCCCAGGGCAAGGAGCUCAGACUGCCUUUGAGGAUGCUCACCAGCUGUGCCUAUGCCUUGCUGACAUCAAGGAUGUGCUUGCCGAGCCUGCUGCCGUGGCUGCUGCGGUUCGGGAGUAUGAGGAUCGGCGGAUCGAUAGGUGCGUGAGAAUCCAUGCGUAUGCCACUGCAGCGCGUGGGAUAGGAGAGGAGGGGAAACUUGUGAAAUCUCUUCCUCCUGAUGAGAAUAGGAAGAUGUAUUUUGAGUUACAGAAGUGGGUCCAAGCAUACCCAGACAAGAUCAAAGGUGACCCUGAAUCCACCUACUUCAAGUGA